AUGGGUUCUACGAUGAUGAACAUGCUUUCGCGGCUCUGGGGCGCAUUCAGCUCUGCGGAGACAGCGUCGGGCGAUGAGAGCAGUUACAUCGAGCCCUCGCCGGUGCCUGUCGAGCUUGUCCCGCGCAUGUGGGAGAAUGAAAGAACAUUCACCCUUGAGACGCCUCUAUCGACUAGCCGCCCUCCAACUACCGAUGAAGGCCCCAUGCUGUAUCUUCAGACCAGCUGUGCUGCUAUAGCGAACUACUGCUUCCUGGGACGACGCUCGACGACUUCCAAGGAUAACGACGGCAGGCUGAGAUUGUAUCUGGACAAUGACCAGUAUCUGGAGGUCUGUUUGCGCAUGAGACGCUGCGGUGCUGUCAGGGUCAACCCGAAACGCUAUGCACACGGAGAGUGCUGCGAUGCUGCGCUUGGAAACCAACUAAACAGGAGCCGAUACAUAUUCGGCUGGCCAGAGAGUACGAGCUUGACGAGUGACGAUAGCUUUCGAAAAGAGCCUGUCUGGGUCUCCCACAUCUUUCGCAAAGCCGAAGCCCUACUCCCGAGACAGGUCUAUCCCUGGGAAGGCAUGGAGGGCUUCGUGGGAGCAGACUGGCUUGCCCGCUCCCCGACUAUGGAGGAGUACUGCUCGAGACUUCAGGUUCAUGGGGGCGUGUACUACAGUGAUGUCUCGAAGUGCCCACAGGCAAGAGAGUUAGGUCUGUGUGGACGAGGUGUGAUGGUGCUCUUGGAUUAUGGUCAUGUCGGCGCUCGAGGGGCCGCGUCUUUGGCUGCGUAA